AUGUCGGCCCAAGUACCACCGUUGAAGCGUAAUAAUUACUUGCAAACCUCAAAUAUUAUACAACAGAUGAAAUAUUUGAUUAUACUUGAAACAUUGUUCGGGAUAAACCGUUUGUAUAUAAUAACCGAUCUUAAUUAUUUACCAGUUAUGGCUCAUGACAUGGAAAUGGUUUUGUUCUGUUAUUUCCUUAUUACAAUAUUACAAAGACUUUCGGUUCUAAAAGCGCACGUGGCUAAAGUGUUUUCUAUUAACACGGAAGAUCGUAUCGAUUGCGAGGAUUCAAGUAAAUUGGAAGGUUUGUCAAAAAGAGUAAACCUCAACGUUAGUUCUGUGCACAGACUCUACGAUCUACUUCAUAAAUGUUCGGAAGAUCUCAACUCUGUCAUGAGUCUUUCGAUGAUAGUGAUGAUAGUGACAUCAGGAUUAUCGACGAUAGUUAUAUUAAAAAAUACUAUAAAGUUGUUUCAGUCUACAACAACUUAUCCUCAUUUAAACGCUAAGCAUCAGUUAAUAAGCAGGCAGGCAAUACUUAUUUUUUCAAUCGGACGUUCUCUAAAGUACAUAUUAAUGUUGACUUUUCCUUGUUAUAUAUCAAACAAAACACAAGUCCAGGUUUCUGUUAUACGUACAAUGAUUUAUGACACUCUGAACUCAAUUCAACUCGAUAAAGUCGAACGUCGCAAAGUUAAGGCAUUCUUCCAGUUGGUUUGUGAGAAUAAAUACGCGUAUGCGCUUUAUGGAAUAGUUAAUUUAGAUAUGUCACUUCCCCUGAGCUAUAGCAGUCUCUGUACCACCUAUCUUAUUAUUGUCGUACAAUUCUCAAAAUUCUUUGAUUAA